AUGAAUAAAUUAGUACAAUCUACCUUCAAAUCUUUGGCAAAACCAGCCACAUCUUCUACCACUACAUUUAUAAAUCCUUCAUCUUCUUCAAUGUUGUCUGGAAUUGGUUCAACAACUACGAGAUCAUUUUCAAGUGACAAAAAAUCAAAUACAGAUAAUAAUAAUAGUCAAAUUCAACAACAUAAAAAGGAUAAACAACCAACUACUCAACAACAACCAUGGCAAAAAGGUUUAAGAAAUAACCAUUUUGGUGAUUUUGAAGAUGCAUUUUCAAUCUUUAAACAACCAUUCUUUAAUCCAAAGUCUACUAAAAUGUUUGAUCAUGAUUGGGAGGAAUUUGAAACACCUCAAUUCAUGAGAGCACCAAAGACUCGUUUAGAGGAAGGAGAUGACCAAUUUUGUUUGACCAUGGAAGUUCCGGGUUUGUCAAAGGACGAUAUCAAGCUUUCAUACUCCAAGAAUAGAUUAACUGUUGAAUCCAAAAAAGUGGAAGAAACUCAAGAUGAAAAACAAGGAAACAAAUCAACUUUCAAAUCACAUUUCUUCAAAUCAAUGACAUUCCCAGAAAACAACAUAAACACUGGAAAUAUUUCAGCCAAGGUUGAAAAUGGAGUACUUACUAUUAACCUACCAAAGUUGGUUGAUGAAUCAAAGAAAUCUCAAGAAAUUAAAGUAGAAUAG